CGCCUCCUCAAAGUGACCCUCAAAUCGAUAUAGGUUUAAGUAGCAGAAAUGUGCAGGACCCAGUCAAUGACAAUUCUCAGGCUUCAAGAAAAAAGUCGUCUUGUCUCAGAUUCUGGAGGAAGGUGGCUAAAGUGAGCGUGGCUGAAGUGAGCAUGGCUGAAGUGAGCCAAGACUUGCCCAAUGACUGUGCAGCUGACAAUGGACCUGAAGACAAUGUCGUGCAGGUGAGCAGCCAACAGGACAGUGCAAGCUCAGGAAUAGAACUGAAUGUUGAUGGAGAUCUAUUCAGAUGGAGGAUAGUAAGAAGUAGGCUGGGCAGGAGAAGCACACGGCACCAAACCUUACAGCGGGUGAAAUGUAUAGUGGACAACAGACAUACCCAUUCUGAAAAUGAUUUGGGAAGACCUGCUAAAAGGCAGAGGCGGCAGCCCAUGAGGAGAUUCAACCAGAGGAGACCCAUUCCGACUCGCACAAAGUCAGACACCGAACUCGUGAAUCCAACAAAGUCAGACUGGGGAGAGCCCAGCCCCCAGAGAGCUGCAGACAGUACCUGGAGAGGGAUGGAGGAGCUCCCCAUUAUGCAGGCCACGUAAACAUGUUCCACUUGGUUUGUGACCCUCCUCCUCAAAGCGACUCGCCUCCACAAUGACCCGCUUCCUCCACAAAGACUCUCGCCUCCUCAAAGUGACCCUCAAAUCGAUAUAGGUUUUAGUUGCAGAAAUGUGUAGGACCCAGUCAAUGACAAUUCUCAGGGUUCAAGAAAAAAGUCGUCUUGUCUCAGAUUCUGGAGGAAGUUGGCUAAAGUGAGCGUGGCUAAAGUGAGCAUGGCUGAAGUGAGCCAAGACUUGCCCAAUGACUGUGCAGCUGACAAUGGACCUGAAGGCAAUGUCGUGCAGGUGAGCAGCCAACAGGACAGUGCAAGCUCAGGAAUAGAACUGAAUGUUGAUGGAGAUCUAUUCAGAUGGAGGAUAGUAAGAAGUAGGCUGGGCAGGAGAAGCACCCGGCACCAAACCUUACAGCGGGUGAAAUGUAUAGUGGACAACAGACAUACCCAUUCUGAAAAUGAUUUGGGAAGACCUGCUAAAAGGCAGAGGCGGCAGCCCAUGAGGAGAUUCAACCAGAGGAGACCCAUUCCGACUCGCACAAAGUCAGACACCGAACUCGUGAAUCCAACAAAGUCAGACUGGGGAGAGCCCAGCCCCCAGAGAGCUGCAGACAGUACCUGGAGAGGGAUGGAGGAGCUCCCCAUUAUGCAGGCCACGUAAACAUGUUCCACUUGGUUUGUGACCCUCCUCCUCAAAGCGACUCGCCUCCACAAUGACCCGCUUCCUCCACAAAGACUCUCGCCUCCUCAAAGUGACCCUCAAAUGACCCUCAAAUCGAUAUAGGUUUUAGUUGCAGAAAUGUGCAGGACCCAGUCAAUGACAAUUCUCAGGGUUCAAGAAAAAAGUCGUCUUGUCUCAGAUUCUGGAGGAAGGUGGCUAAAGUGAGUGUGGCUGAAGUGAGCAUGGCUGAAGUGAGCCAAGACUUGCCCAAUGACUGUGCAGCUGACAAUGGACCUGAAGACAAUGUCGUGCAGGUGAGCAGCCAACAGGACAGUGCAAGCUCAGGAAUAAAACUGAAUGUUGAUGGAGAUCUAUUCAGACGGAGGAUAGUAAGAAGUAGGCUGGGCAGGAGAAGCACCCGGCACCAAACCUUACAGCGGGUGAAAUGUAUAGUGGACAACAGACAUACCCAUUCUGAAAAUGAUUUGGGAAGACCUGCUAAAAGGCAGAGGCGGCAGCCCAUGAGGAGAUUCAACCAGAGGAGACCCAUUCCGACUCGCACAAAGUCAGACACCGAACUCGUGAAUCCAACAAAGUCAGACUGGGGAGAGCCCAGCCCCCAGAGAGCUGCAGACAGUACCUGGAGAGGGAUGGAGGAGCUCCCCAUUAUGCAGGCCACGUAAACAUGUUCCACUUGGUUUGUGACCCUCCUCCUCAAAGCGACUCGCCUCCACAAUGACCCGCUUCCUCCACAAAGACUCUCGCCUCCUCAAAGUGACCCUCAAAUGACCCUCAAAUCGAUAUAGGUUUUAGUUGCAGAAAUGUGCAGGACCCAGUCAAUGACAAUUCUCAGGGUUCAAGAAAAAAGUCGUCUUGUCUCAGAUUCUGGAGGAAGGUGGCUAAAGUGAGUGUGGCUGAAGUGAGCAUGGCUGAAGUGAGCCAAGACUUGCCCAAUGACUGUGCAGCUGACAAUGGACCUGAAGACAAUGUCGUGCAGGUGAGCAGCCAACAGGACAGUGCAAGCUCAGGAAUAGAACUGAAUGUUGAUGGAGAUCUAUUCAGAUGGAGGAUAGUAAGAAGUAGGCUGGGCAGGAGAAGCACCCAGCACCAAACCUUACAGCGGGUGAAAUGUAUAGUGGACAACAGACAUACCCAUUCUGAAAGUGAUUUGGGGAGACCUGCUGAGAAGCAGAGGCGGCGGCCCAUGAGGAGAUUCAACCAGAGGAGACCCAUUCCGACUCGCACAAAGGCAGACACCGAACUGGUGAAUCCAACAAAGUCAGACUGGGGAGAGCCCAGCCCCCAGAGAGCUGCAGACAGGGCCUGGAGAGGGAUGGAGGAGGCCAUCGACCCAACGACGGCCACGGCACCAGACUCCAAGCUCCCCACUAUGCAGGCCACAGAAACAUGGUGCCCGUGGUUUGUGACCCUCCUCCUCAAAGCGACCAGCCUUCUCUUGAAAGCGGCCCAUCUCCUCAAAGUGACUCGCCUCCACAAUAACCCGCCUCCUCCGUCUGACGACACACAUCAAGACCAGGAAGGUGCAUAAUGUUCAUACUUGGGUGCGUUUGUCGGUCCGGAAAGUAAUUAAAUCUCGUCAUGUAGGCUACGUUCUUAAAAACUGCUUGGAUAUAGCUUAAUUAUAUGCCGUGGGCCUUUUAAUGUGUUUGUUUGCAAUUUCGCCAGGUAGGCUACCUUCUUUAAACUGCGUUUUGUUAGACUACAUAUUUCGGGAUGUUUUAUUGUAGUCUUUGUAAAUAUGUAUAUAGUUUAGCCUAACCAAGCCACGUAAGGGAGCCAGCCAGUUCAACUAGGUGCCGGUCCCAAGCCCGGAUUAAUGGGGAGGGUUGGCGUCAAGAAAUAAAGAUACUGUAUCUUCACUGCAUCACUGAUGUCAAAAUG